AUGAUCAGAAAAAGACAAUUCCCACCUAACAGAAUCUACAACAUCAAUCACUUUAGACAUGAUGAAUUGACCAUCUGGAACUGGAAGAGUAUUACAGAUUAUCAUAUUGAUCUGUUGUGCUAUUUUUCUGAAACUGACGAUAUGGGUGGUGUUGAGUUAGUUUUGAAUCGAAGACCUAGUGAAGAAUUCAGCAUAACAAUACGGGAUUAUUCUGUUGACAUUGUGGAUUUCUUAGGAACAAUAGAUAGAAUAAAGGCUAAGCUACUAAGCGAAAGAUAUAUAGACCAGUUAUUGGAGAGAGUUAUGCUAG